CUCUCAUGGACAUUGGCGGCACCGUUUCUUUUAUCGGAGGAGUUAGAAGAUUCACCGCAGCUCCAGAUCCAGACUACCUUCACAUCAACUUCAGUACCCCGGCGCGGCUAGAACCCGCACUGACCUACUGGAACAAAUAG